AUGUUGCAAAACAAACCCUCACAAGAUGCAUUUGAUGAAGUCCAAGGAUCAUUUCAGAUGGAUGAUCAAUUUAAUGUAUAGGAAGGAUAUAGAAAUUCCAUUGAUGAAAUUCCUGCUAAUUAACUUAGUGGUGAUGAAGCAUUAGAAAAGAGUUUUAUGUAAUCAACAGGCCAAUCAUCAAUCUGGUAAAAAAGGGGAUAGAAAACAUCAAUCCCAAUGACAUCAGUGAUUAUAAUGAAGAGUAUGGUGGGAGUAGGAAUUUUAGGAAUACCUUAUGUAGCAUCAAACUUUGGAGCUAUUUUGACAAUUCUAAUUUUGAUGGUAAUAUUCAUUAAUGGAAUCCUCUCAUCAAAUUUAUUAUUAAAAUCUAAGAAUUUAUCCAAAAGAAGUAAUUUUUCAACAAUUGGAUUUUAUAUCUUCAAGCAUAAAUGGAUUAUCAUAUUAGUGAAUGUGAUGAUUAUUUUAUCAAAUUUGGGAGUAUGUUUAAGUGAAUUAAUUAUUUUUGGAGAUACAGUGGGCAAUCUUAUGAAUUAUUUUACUGAUAGAACUACAGAAGAAUAACCUUUCUAUUUAACAAGACCGAUUUUUUUAAUAGUGCUAAGCAUAUUCUUACUUCCUUUUUUGCUUGUUAAGUCAAUAGAGAAGUUGAGAUUUGUUAGUUUAUUUGCUAUUUUAUCAAUCAGUUCUUUUUCAUGUCUUGUCAUCUAUAAUUUUUUUACGAUUGAUAAAACCAAUAGUCAAUUUUCAUGGUGGAUUCCAGAUAAUUUUGAAAUAAAAAGAGCCUUAGCAUCUAUGCCAACAUUAAUAUUAGCAUUUAAUUGGCAAUUUAAUUUAUUUCCUAUUUACAAAGGAAUGGCAAAACCAAGUGAUUCAAAUUUACUCACUUCAACAAUUUUAGGAUUUUGUUAGGGUUCUAUUUUAUAUUUAAUAGUUGGAUUGUUAGGAUAUGCAACCUAUGGGAAAAAUAUUGAACCAAAUUUUUUAUUAAGUAUUAAAGAAUAAGAUGUUGGUGCUGUUUUAUUUGUUAUUUUGAAUUUAUCCUUUGUAUUUUCUACAACCCUUACAUUACCAGUCAUAUUUUUUGGUGGAAGAAAUAAUUUUAUAUAAAUGAUUAAAUAAUUUACUGAAAAUAAAAAAGUUAAUAUUUUGGCCAAAAAGAAAUUACUAGAUUCGUCAUAAAAUGAGUAGUAUUACAAAGAACUUUUGUAAUUUCGAAAAAAAUCUUAAGCCAUAAGAUUCUAUGGAAUCAGCAUUUCGCUAUUCAUAUUAUUAGCGAUUGGAGCAGUUUUUAUACAAAAUUUAGGAACUGUCUAUAAUUUAUUAGGAGCUAUAGCUUGUAAUGCAAUUUAAUUGGGAUUACCUACUUUGUUUUAUGUAUUCUUGGUUAAGCAAGUGAAAAAAAUGAAAUUCCGUAAUAAUUUGAAUAGAUUAUUCUAUUUUUUUGUAUGCGGUUUAUUAUGCGUAAGCAUAAUUCUGACAUUCUUAUGUGUAACCUGUGAAUUUAUUCAACCAGAAAAGGCUUGA